AGACCCGACCGCGGACAUGGGGCCUUAUCAGUUCGCGCCGGGCAGCCGGGAACUGCGGUCCACUUUACAGAGAGUUUGAGAAGAACCGUCUGAAGACGUGAAGAAGAAGGAGCAUUUUAUCUCUUUGAAUAUCCGGUACCAAACAGUGCAGCCUUCCGUUCGAAGUGAUCAUCAUUUUUCAUUCUCUUCGCUACUUUUUCCGUUUCCUUUUUUCCCCAAAAAUUAUUGUUCAUUUGCUCCGAGUGUGAAGUGGCAGAAAAAAAGAGUUCAGGUGAAACGUAGAAAAUUUCGAUUCGGUUCCAGUGAGCACGGAGGAAUCAUCGAUGUACGCACUCUUGGCCACGCGACGAUGAGGCCGUCCGCUACUUCCGGUUUCUAGUGCAUAAUACGUCAACCGAGGGAAAGAAGAUGCCACAUGCCAAGAGGGCAGAGCGAUGGAAAUUGGCGUUAUUCUUGUCGCCGUGGACGUUGACGUUUCUUCAGUUACUACGGGUCACAGGCGCACAAUACGUGAUCGAGGAAGAACCCGGCUUGGAAGUUCCGGUGGCUCCAUGCGCCAACUACAGACCGGGCGAAGAUGAUCUUUGGACGUUCGAUUUCAUUCGGAGAUACCAAUUAGACUUGUUGGACACUCAGCACCCCGGAGUGACCAGAGUGAGGGGUAGUAACCGCGUGCAGACUGCGUACAGACUGGACAGGGACGCUGAUUUGACCCUCCCAACGAGGGACAUCUUUCCAUCAGGAUUGCCCGAGGAGUUCAGUCUGAUUUGCACAUUCAAAACAAGAAGAUGGCCGAAACAGUCGUGGCACUUGGUAAAAAUCGCGGACGCUCAAACCCGGCCACAAUUCCUGGUCACGUUGAACCCGAGGAGAAAAACUUUGGAAUUCUCAAUCGCAAAUUACGAGGGGAAAUUACAGACUGUCGCAUUCAACACGGCCCGCGUAUUCGACAGAAAUUGGCACAAGAUUCACUUCGGCAUUUUCCGUCAGAGUGUCGUUUUGUACGUGGAUUGUGAAAGAACUAGAUCAGAGCCCCUGGACCCUAGAGGACCCAUAGAUGUGAACGGAGAAAUUUCCAUCUCCAAAAUAGGCAACUCGAAGCGGACGGUACCUUCAACCGCUGCGAUCGACUUGCAAUGGAUGAUGCUUAGUUGCGACCCCACCAGACCCGAAAGAGAGACAUGCGACGAAUUACCGAAAACAGGUGCGAGCUCCCUCAUAACAAAUAAAAAGCCUGGUGUAUGUGACGUUAUGUGUCCUCAGGGACCACCCGGUUACAACGGCACGCAGGGACCACCUGGUCCACCGGGACCCAUGGGACUCACUGGGGAACGUGGACUCCCUGGCGUUCCGGCUCCAAGGGGACCUCCGGGGCGCAAUGGAACACGCGGACCCCCUGGCGUAACAGGCGCGCGAGGUGCACCGGGUAGCGAAGGCCCCGUAGGCCCCGAAGGACCAUCAGGACCUCCUGGGCAAAAAGGCGAAAAUGGAGAUAUGGGAUUCCCCGGACUGAAAGGAGACCAAGGUGAACGGGGUGUUCCGGGAUUUCCCGGUAGUCCGGGACCACAAGGCCCUCCUGGAAAUGGAACCGGGGUGACUACAGUUUUCGGACCACCGGGUCCAGUUGGUCCACCCGGGGUCCCUGGCGUUUCAGGUCCUCGAGGAUUUCCAGGUGAACCAGGCGAGUCAGGGCCUCCUGGGCGCCAAGGAGUUUCAGGAGAAAGAGGCUUCAAGGGUGAGCGGGGAGACCGCGGACUGACGGGCCCACCAGGACCAUCAGGACCUCCGGGCGCUCCUGGAAUACCUGGACAAUCGGGGACGGGACUUACCGGUCAAUCUAUACCGGGUCCUCCAGGAUCACCAGGAAUACCGGGAGUAGCAGGACAGCCGGGUUUUCCCGGCGAAAAAGGAGAUAAGGGUGAUCAAGGAGAGCGUGGGGAACUUGGAUUACGGGGUGAUAAAGGCGAUCGUGGGGAAAUCGGGUACCCGGGGUCGGACGGAUCUCCUGGAACAUCCGGUACGGAUGGACUCCCCGGUGUCGCCGGACCCAAAGGAGAUCCAGGUAUCCCAGGUCCUGCGGGACCGCCGGGAAUCGACGGACUUCCUGGGCCGGAAGGAAAUCAAGGGCCACCUGGCGCGGCGGGUGAGUCAGGAAAUCCUGGAAUAGCAGGUCCUAUAGGGCCGAUAGGAAAACCUGGCUUUCCAGGGCCAAUGGGCAAAUCCGGCGAAAGAGGGGAACCUGGAAACCCCGGUGAGGCUGGACCCGUAGGACCACGUGGAUUGCCGGGGAAUUCGGGAAGUCCAGGUCUACCGGGGCAAGCGGGAUCCCCAGGGCUACCCGGACUGGAGGGGAGGCAAGGACCCCCUGGACCACCGGGUCCCCCUGGGCCUCCGGGUGAUAUGCUCAGUACAAAUAGCGUUUUUCUUGAUGGAGGCGGAGCUCCGGGAGUAAGUGGACCACGAGGACACGCCGGUCCUCCAGGAAUGCCAGGCGAACGAGGUGCCGCAGGCGAUCGUGGACCGGAAGGACAGAUGGGACCCCCUGGAAUGCCUGGCAAGGAGGGUGCCCCAGGACUCCCUGGUCCACCGGGACAGAGGGGCCAGUCGGGCAUGCCAGGAAUCCAAGGUCCUCCCGGAAGGAGUUACAGCGACGCUGAAAUUCGAGAUAUUUGCGUCACUGUGCUCAGGGAGAGGCUGAGCGAAUUAACAGAGGGGCUACGAGGGCCACCCGGGUUGCCGGGUCUGAGCCGACAAGGCCGUCCCGGCCGAGCCGGAACCCAGGGCAUCCCAGGUGACCCAGGUCCUGCAGGAUUGCCAGGCGAACGUGGUUUCAUUGGACUACCAGGCCCUCAGGGACCCCCGGGUCCGCAGGGUCCAUCAGGCGAGAGAGGUGACAAGGGAGAUCGAGGUCCAGAAGGUGCUGGAAUCGAAGGUCCUGCUGGUCCACAAGGAUUACCAGGCGCACCCGGCAAUGACGGAAUUGGUUCACCGGGGAGACAGGGAGACCGUGGAGAACCUGGACGACCUGGUGUUCCCGGUAUGCGGGGAGCUCCAGGAGCUCAAGGGGCUCCGGGAUUUUGCGAGUUUUGUAAUUAUCCAACGGCAAAUUACAUUCAGUACAGUCGAGGUACCAAUAAAGGACCUAAUUAAUUUAUGUAAUAGGUAAAAAUAACUUAUGAAUGCCUUACAUAUGUUUAUUUUAGUACAAGGCUACGAAAUUUUUGUCAAUCCUGAACAUAAAAUCAAUAGGUGCUCCCUAUUACUGAAUUACAGUAGGUAUUCUUGUAUAAUUUGCUAUACUACACCUAUGUGUUCAUAAGAAAUGUAGCGGCCUUCGAUGUUACUGCAACGAUGAACUCAUCUUAUACACUGCGCGUUGCCAUCGAAGGUAUGCAUAAUACAAGUAAAGUAAUGUAUAGGUAGAUACAAAUAUCAAACAACUACGAACGUCGAUAUAGAAUUUUAGCAAUUAUGACAACGGCAUAAUAUGAAAGAAUGUGUGAAAAAUGAUUAUUUCAAACCCUCGAUCUGACAUAAAAAUCAAUGCAUACCCUACAUUCAAGAGCCUAGCCAUUUGUGCACCGUAUGUUAUUGUCGAUGUUAUUGAUCACUAUUCCGUGUUAUUUGUGCCUCCUAACGCGUCCGACGUUUAACAAAAUCGGUCAAAUCACUGCCAUACUAGCCUUAUACAUUGACUAAUUUAAUUUCCACAAUGUCUUAAUACGACGAUAUAACACCUUAAAAUUAAUAAAUAAUUUUAGUCAUGUGUAAUAGCGACUAAUAUAUUUUAUUAAAUUUUGAAACAUAAAUAUCUUUCAUGAUUGUUCAGUUUUCUUGAACUGAAACAUCAAACUGAUCGAAUAAUUGUGAGACUUCGUAGAAUGAUGAUGAACAAUAUACAACAAUGAAAGUUACAAAUUUAUGUAUAAAGAAUUUCAACUAACUGUAAAAAUAUCUCAAUGUUAUCAUAUAACAGUGUUCAACAAAUGAAUAAUGCUAAUUAAACGAUUAUGUCUAAUUA